AUGAAUUUCCGAUCCUACAUUAGGCCAUUGUGCAUGGAUAUGGAGAAUGAUAAUUGGCGAGACCUUGCACCAUUGCAUAGCUGCCUAGAAAAUAUUCGAAGUAUUUUGGUUCAGUGUGACAUGGAGUUUCAACUAUCUAAACAGCUAAACAAAAUUUUUGUGGAAGACAGUGCAAAUUUUACAGAAUCAACAAAUCAUAGUUUGAGGUUUUCCCUGAUUGGUGUUGGAAGUUGCAAUGAAUUCUUGAACACUCUCAGCGAUGGCGUUUCUAAGGAAUUGGCAAGUAGUGAGUGUUGUGAUGUUAGUCUCCCAUGUGACAACCAUCCUUAUUGGUUGGGCCAUAGGGGUGAGGGACCUUCAGUAUAUUUCAGUGUGCCUAAGGAUUGUGAAAUGAAGGGAAUGGCUUUGUGUGUUGUUUAUUCAUCAACCCCUGAAAUAGUGGCAACUGAAUGUCUUAGAAGUGUCUUAAUAGUUAACUACACAAAGUGCACAUGUCAAAUACACAAGCAUGGCACAGUAAUGUCCUUUGACGAUGAAGAUUGGCAUGGCAUAAUGUCAAAUUUAGAAUAUGAUGACAAGGUAGAGAUUUUUGUGAGUUCUGUUCAUGGAUUAAUGGUCAAGAACACAACAGUCUAUUUCAUAUACGAUGAAUCGAAAUGA